AUGAAGGAAGACGCCUCGGAGCCUCCAACCAGAGACACUGACAUCAGUCCGCAAGAAGUUAAAAUGCAGGAGGUAGAGAUGAAGGAAGAAAAAUCUGGAGCCGUCACUCCAUCGAAACAGCAUUCAUCAGUCCAUUUUUUCCCAAAGGUAAUGGACUCGAGCUCCACGCUCCACCUACUGUCAGGGUCAUUUUCCCACGAGGCGUCGGCCGACUUCCGCCAGAUCCCCAGUGCUCAAGACAGCGUAUCGGCCGGAGGACUGCUGACUUCUAAAUCCAAUGUCCCAAGCUGCUCCCUCAAAGACAGCAUCCCGGGGAAACAGAGUACACACCAAGCAGGUAUCCGGACCAGGCAGCCGCAACCGAGCUCCGACUUGGAUACCUACGUUCUGGGGGAUGGUGAGGAUUAUUUCCUUUCCUUGUUUGGAGACUCGAAGAAGAUCACAUCGCAUACACCCCAAGCGGAGGAUGUGAGCAAACACCUUUCUGUGAUUCUUGAGGAAGUCGGCCAGUUUGUAUCAAGUUCUCUCGGAGACAUUAAAAUAGCUGAGGUAAAUGUCAAGGGUUUCUUUGUGAGGCUUGUUAACUCCUCCAAUGAAAAGGAAGUGGAGAUUGGAAACUACAUCCUCCAGCAAAACGUGAACGGACACGCAGUCUCCUUGUACCGAUUCCCUCACAACAUCACAAUGCAGGCCAGUGGCACGGUGACCGUGUGGGCAACAGCUUCAGAGGCAAAGCCACAGCCGCCUACGGACUUCGUUUGGGAGGAACAGAGCAGGUUCCGAUCCAGUCCGGACUGCACGACCAUCUUGUGCAAGCCCAGCGGUGAGGCCAUCGCCUGGUACACCCCCAUCCACUGGAAGCAAGCCUGGGAGAAGCUGGAGACUGACAUUGAGUUUGAAAGAUGCUCAGUGGUGAUCCCAUCACUGAAAAGCCACAUAUUUGGACGGACAACAUCAUCUGUGUCUUCCAUAAAUAAGGAAGAACAAGAACCCACACAGAAAACGCCCCCCCAAGUCUGCUCUGUUCUCUUGAGAGAAAAGGAAAUCCUGCUAACUGUUUUACCCAAUAAGAGUCCUUGGUGCCGCAGCCCCGACACCCCUCCACAUCCCUACAGCUCUCUGAUUGAAUGGCAUGACUCAGACUUUCCUGGAAGCAGUUUGGGUACACAGCCCAAGCCUCAGUCAACCAAGCCCAAACCAGACCCAGGGACCAAGGAAAAGAAAUCAACGCGAUAA